AUGACCAGAAGUGCUGGGACAUCAAACCUAGUGCCUUUUGAUCCUGAACUUGAAAGGACCAUUACCCGCAUCCGUCGACAACAGAGGCAAAUGGAGAACGAUCGAGAUCUUGCUUUUUCCGGUGAUGCCGAAGGCAAUGUUGACUCAACUUUCGCUCAAUACAACACACCGAAGCACACCGAGCUUAUGGCCGGUAUACGACUGCCAACCAUUGACGUGACUCGUUUUGAGCUUAACCCGGCUACCAUUCAGAUGCUUAGCAAUAAUUCCUUCCGGGGUAGGCCAAACGAAGACCCGAACGCACAUCUUACGCGUUUCAAGAUGAUGUGUCGCUCGAUCAAAAGAGAGGCCAGGGUGACGGACGAUGACCUCCGUCUACUCGCUUUUCCCUGGACUCUCAUGGAUGCUGUACUGGAAUGGCUAUACGACUUAGCCCCUGAUUCUAUCCAUACCUGGGAUCAGUUGGAGGUCCAGUUCAUGUCUAAGUUCUUUCCAACCCAUCGCACUCAAGCAGCUCUCUCCGGUAUACAUUCGUUUAAGCAGGAUCAAAGGGAGAGUUUACACGACGUUUGGAAAAGAUACAAGGGAUAUCAGAAAUCAUGCCCUCAUCAUGGACUCGACAAGAAUUAUCUGAUCAACACUUUCUUUCGAGGACUCCGCAGUGAUACCAAGACUUUGAUCCGCGCCUCCUGCGGUGGCAGCAUCCAAAACAAGUCAUUCACAGAAUUGGAACAGCACAUUAAGAUGAUGGCUCAAGAAGAAGACGUCCCGAACGAAUAUUCUCGCGAUAUACCAAAGCGAGAAGGCGACCCCAGCCUAAAGACGGUUCUUGAUCAGUUGACAGUACUUAAUGCUAAAUUUGCAAGCGCCAAUCUGAUUUCUACCACAGAUGUCCCGACAUAUCCACAGGAGGAUCAUGGUCUUUAUGCGAUUGAGGAGAGGGUUGAAGAUCUGAACUACGUGGCCAACAAUAACUACAUGGGCUCGUACAACUCAAGCUGGAGGAAUCACCCAAAUCUCUCCUACAAGUCGAACAAUGUUGAGAAUCCCACACCGAACAACUUUAGACCAUCCAACAAUCCAAACCAGAGGAUUCCACCCGGCUUUGCUUUUCAAUCCAAAGGCCCUAAUCAGAACUCCAACUACAGAGCCCCGGGACAGUCGUACAAUAAUCCUACACCUCCGGGUAAUCGCGAACAUUCUCAAGAUACAAAUGCUCUUCUUCAACAGCUCAUUCAGGCACAUGAGAAGCAGACUCAGGAAUUCCGCACUCAAUUUGCGAGUAUUGACGCCCACUUUAAGGUAGUGGACAAUCAGAUUGCCCAGCUCGCAGCAGACUCCCAAAGACCGUCCGGUGUUCUUCCAGGUAAACCUGAGACCAACUCUCGUGAACAUGUUAAUGUUAUUACUCUGCGAAAUGGUAAGCAGGUAGACUCUGGAAACUCACCGAUGGAUGAGCAAGGCGAAAGCUCGAAGACCAAAGUUUCAGAUAUUCCUGACAAUACUCCUGUACCAGUUUACGUGUCUCCUCCUCCUAGACCACCACCGAUACCAUUCCCAUCGCGUCUGAGGAAGCAUAGCGAAGAUAGUCAGUUUGCCAGAUUCGCAGAAAUGCUGAAGAAACUCGAGGUAACUAUGCCAUUCACUGAAGCUAUUUUGCAGAUUCCCUCGUAUACUAAGUUCUUGAAGGACAUCCAGACUAAGAAGAGAGUCGUUGAAAAAGAGACUAUAGCACUCACCGCCGAGUGUAGUGCUCUGAUCCAACAUGAGCUACCACCCAAGCAGUCGGAUCCAGGUAGUUUCUCAAUCCCUUGUACAUUAGGCAAUGUGUCCAUCGAUCGUGCGCUUUGUGAUCUAGGAGCAAGCGUCAGCCUUCUUCCACUCUCCAUCUUCAAGAAGCUGAAUGUGGGCGAGCUAAAACCCACCAGAAUGGCUCUCCAAUUAGCCGAUCGAUCCGUUAAAUACCCUGCUGGAAUACUCGAGGACGUGCCACUAAAAGUCGGAAAUUUCUACAUUCCGGUGGAUUUUGUGGUCCUUGACAUGGACGAAGAUUCUUAG